AUGGCAGUUCAAGAAGGUUUUACAUUGACGGUUUUGGGUGCUGGAGUCAUGGGCUCCGCAUUCACAUCCGCUAUUCUCAAAGCUAAAGUUUCGCCUUUCCCAGGUAAAAUCAACUUGUGCACCACUGACCCCAAUGCUGUACCAAUCUUGAAGUCUAAAUACACUGAAGAUUACAUUCACGUUGUCACUGACAAUGAAACCAAGUCUAAGGCUGUUGCUGAGGCCGAUGUCAUCAUUUUAGGCUGCAAGCCUUUCCACUACAAAGGACUUUACGAAGAAGUGAAGGACUCUUUGUCUCAUGAGCCAUUGGUGCUCUCGUUGUUGGCAGGUAUCACCCUUAAACAAUUGAGCAUUUUCACUCCUAACAUUGCUAGAAUCAUGACCAACACGCCUGCUCAGUUUGGCUGUGGAAUGGCCACCGUCGCAUUCUCUCCAGAAGCUGAAAAGAACCACAAGGAAAUCGUGUUGAAACUCGCAGACACGCUCGGAACAGCCAUGGAGAUCCCUGAGAAGAAUAUGGAUGCCGCCACCGCAUUGGUGGGCUCGGGUCCUGCUUUCUGCUUGCUCAUGAUGGAGGCUUUGUAUGAUGGAGGUGUGAGAAUGGGUCUUCAGCACGAUGUGGCCAAGACUGCCGCCGCCAAGGUUAUGGAGGGUACUGCCAAGAUGGUUUUGGAGACAGGCGACCACCCAGCUGUAUUGAAGAGCAAGGUUUGUACUCCAGGAGGGACUACCAUUGGAGGUUUGUUGAAGAUGGAGGAUGCUGGAGUGAGAGGAGCCAUUGCUAGAGCUGUGGAGGAAGCUGCUGAGAUUUCUGCCUCCUUCUCGAAGUGA